UUUAAACACUGCUUUCAGCGACGCUGUUGGCGUUCAGUUAACCAUCGUUGCAGUUUACUUCAGAAUCAUUAGUCGACUUAUGCCAAUGCACAGAGACUGACGUGUGGAAUACUGCUGCAAUACUGGAUGAGCAGCAUGGGUGUUUGUAUACCAAUGCAUUGAGACUGGGAUUGAAGAUGCUCGUUUAGAUCAAUCGGAAUUUUGUCCCAGUGUGGACCAUCCUCUUUCUGACAAAAGUGGAAUAAGAGGCUUUGGAUGCUGCCUCUUUUGCAAUCCCUUUAUUUCUGUCACUUGGAAACAAAUAGUUUUUGUUUUAUUUAAGUGCGCAGCCUCAUUAUAUUUAGACAUUAAUUUGUGGAUGCAGCUUUGGACAUCGUUGGGAUUCUUUAUCUAAAAUAUCGAGAUGAAAUUUCCAAUAGAGACACCAAGGAAACAAGUCAAUUGGGAUCCAGAAGUGGCUGUUCAAUCUAGUAUGCCUGCCUGUGAUGCAAAUCCCAAUGACCACUGCCCACUCCCCAGGCUGUCCAUAUCCUCCAGAACCACCAUAGUCUCCAGCAUGGACAACAGCUCCCCGAGCCCGCAGACCGUGAUGAAGUGGAAGACCGUGCUCGCCAUCUUUGUGGUGGUGGUGGCUUACCUGGUGAUUGGAGGACUUGUGUUCCGGGCUCUUGAACAACCCUUUGAAAGCAACCAGAAGAACACGAUAGCCGUGGAAAAAUCGGAAUUCCUCCAGAAACAUCCUUGUGUGAAGUCAGGCGAACUCGAGGCCUUGAUACAGCAUGCUAUUGAUGCUGUAAGUGCUGGAGUGAGUCCAAUAGGAGAGACAUCCAACAAUAUGAGCCACUGGGACCUGGGGAGUGCCUUCUUCUUUGCUGGGACAGUAAUAACCACCAUAGGGUAUGGAAACAUUGCUCCAAGUACGGAAGGAGGUAAAAUCUUCUGCAUCUUAUAUGCCAUAUUUGGAAUACCUCUGUUCGGAUUUCUACUAGCUGGAAUUGGGGACCAGCUUGGGACAAUAUUUGUGAAGAGCAUCGCAAGAGUGGAGAAGGUAUUUAGGAAGAAGCAGAUAACCCAGACCAAGAUCAGAGUGAUUUCUACCAUCAUGUUCAUUUUACUCGGCUGCAUCGUGUUUGUCACGAUUCCAGCUGUGAUUUUCCAAUCCAUCGAAGAGUGGGAGACGCUGGAUUCUCUGUACUUUGUAGUGAUCACCCUCACAACUGUAGGGUUCGGGGAUUAUGUUGCAGGUGGAAACAAAAUAAUCCAUUACCGGGAGUGGUACAAACCGCUGGUGUGGUUCUGGAUCCUGGUCGGCCUUGCUUACUUUGCAGCAGUGCUUAGCAUGAUAGGGGACUGGCUGAGAGUCAUAUCGAAGAAAACAAAAGAAGAGGUUGGUGAGAUAAAAGCUCACGCUGCUGAGUGGAAGGCCAGUGUGAGAGCAGAGUUCAGAGAAACCAGAAGGCGGAUGAGCACAGACAUCCAUGACAAGCUUCAGAGAGCAGCAACCAUGCGUAGCAUGGAGCGAAGGAGGCUGGGCCUGGAUCAGAGAGCUCACUCCCUGGACAUGCUCUCUCCAGAGAAAAGAGCCGUCUUCGCCAGCCUUGACACUGACCGCUACAAAACAUCUUCACAGGAAAGCAUCGACGCCAAACUAAACAACCUGCGGCUGAGGAUGUCUGAGCAGUACGACCAGCAAGGCUCCUCUGAGGAUAACGUCUUCAACAGAUUCAGCUCUUUGACCAGGCUGGCUAAGAGGAACAAAAACAAGGACCUCAAGAAGAACAUUCCAGAAGAUGUCAAGAAAAUGUAUGAGAAUUUUGGGAGCUGCUCGACGGAUGAAGAGAAAAGAGAAGGCGAACAGGAAAAGGAGUGCAACACUAGCGUGCCAGACUUUGAAAACACACAAAGAUCCGAGCUGCAUAAUGGAAGUAAACCCAACGUAACCAAAGAAUACGACAACAAAUAAUCACUAGAAGAAAAAAACAACCAGACAAAUCCUUAAUGGGUGAAUCAGUGGGUCGUUUUUAAAUAUCUCAAAACGUGCCUUAUAUUGCCGAGAAGGUACUUUAUGUGUAGAGUUGAGAUGGAGCAAGGUCUGCCGUAUCCAUUGACAUUGUUCACUGUGCCCUCUUGACUGAAGUUUCAUUUGCCAAAAUGAAAAAAAAAAGGUCAACCUGUCGAGAAAGCUACCAAGGAUGGUGGCUGCCAAAGUGUUUUAUUACUUGAUAAUUGUGAGAACAAUUGCUUAUUUAUAAAAUGAAGAAGAAGGUUAUUUGGAGGCAAUGUUUAGAACUGACCUAAUCCAAUGGGGAAAAAAACCAAACUGUAGCAUAAUACAAUAUCAUGUAUAUUAUAUCUGUGUUUUCUUUUGGGAAUGUGACCUUAACUAGUGUUUCACUAUUACAGUCUUACUUUGCAGACUAGUAAUGGUCCUGGUGUAAUUGUUUUACUUUGAGUUGUUGAAGCGAGACAACACAGUUGCUUUAAAGAAGCUUUAAAAAAAUAAAUAAAUAAAUAAUUUGAACUUAAAACUUAACUUAAAAAAUUGGAAAAUUUAAAAAAUAAGAUAAAAAAAAUCUUGGAAUUUCAGUUUAGAGACUAUUAAGGUGUACAGGUUUUUUUUUCUUAUUAUUGAUGCUUAGGUUGAUACAUAUUGAUGCUGAGAGCUUGUAACAGGAAAAUUGUGUGCAUGAGUUCAGAAAAAUGCUGUCUUAUGAAGUAUAUUGAAAAAAAAAAUCAAGUUCAUGACGAUCGAAACCUCAGGGCUUGUUGUCCUAUUAUUGAUGUAUACAAAUACUCUUUAAAAUGUGCUGCAUUCACACUGAAAUAAACUCAGAAGAGUCAGACAGGGCUCCGCUAGGCCUCGUUUUGAUAUGACUCUAAGCAGUUUCCACUUUAAACAGUAGUCUUAGAGAUAAGUCAUACAUUGAAAAAAAAAAGCGUUCAAAUCAGUGACACAUUUAAGAAAGAAAUGGGUUCCCGAGACAGUAGUUUACAACAUUUGCGGAAAUAAAUGCUAUUUAUUAUUUGACCUUGUGUGCUUUUUUAAAAUGGAAGUACAGUGUAUGCCUGUUAAAGGUUGCCAAACCCAGUAUUUGGUAUACGUUUUCUUGAACCGUAAACACAUUAGCUUAUGAUUUCUACUGCUUGAACACAAGGAGGGACCGUGGAUCAGUGUUGUCUUCUGUUAAAGGAGCAGAAAUACCAGCAAUGUGAAAUGAAGACCAAACAAAACGUUUUAGGACAGAAAUUUGAUUUGGUCUUGAUCCCUUAAAGAAUUCUGACUUUAUUUAAGCAUGUAUUACUCUGUGCAGAUGGUUUUAUAUGUUUUAGUGUGCUCUGUUUUUUUAGGCGUCUUUGUGCACAAGUUAUAAUCUAAUAACAAGUUAUAACAUAAUAGAGUGUUUAAUCUCCCGUUCCUUCAGUCUUUAUUUGUAGUGAGGCUAGUUAAUUUAUUGAGUCAGAUUUGUACAUCUGCUGCUCUUUUGAAUGAAUUUUGAAAGGUGUUUCCAAUUACGUAGUUAUUGGGCUGUGUGCUGCAGCAUUAGAGAACAACAUAAAAUAAUAAAACAAAUCUGAACAAAACUAAAGAAACCAAGUCUAGUAGACAAGGAUUUUCAAAGGUGUCUUCUUACUUAUAUGCAAGACACAGAAUAAACUAGCAAUAUAUAGAUAUUGACUGUAUGUUGAGUUGAAGCUUAUGGUAGAAUUAUUUUUUCUUAAGGGUUGAAAAAGUGACAGACAAUGGUCUUUAUUGCUCAAUGGGGUUCACCUUUUCAAACCAGGGUAACAUUUAUACCAUGGUAACCUGCAGUCCAUGUCUGUUUUUAUUAACUCUUUUUUAAAAAAAAAAUGCUGUAGCUGGUGCACUAUUUUGUUUAUUGUAGGGUGGCAUCAGAGGGCAUCUGCUUUUUGGGUAACAAUGCAAACUGUUUUGGUCAUAUGACCAUGCAUUAACCAAUUGCAAUGCAGGAUUCAAUCUGAGAGUUUUAUAAAACAAUUUGCAGGCCACAGCAUUACCACUAAUGACAACAUCAUAGUUUUGGUCCUAAUACAGUAGCAAAUUAUGGGGUAGUGAUAUGAGACCAUGGUACAGAAAUGGAUUACCACUAAAGAGCCUUAAAACAUUUGUCUGCUGGAAAUCAGUUUCUGAAGUUAUGAACAAAGUGGCAAAUAUUUAUUUCUACAAUACUGAAGGGAGGAAUACCAGCACACACAUUUUGCAAAGGCAUUGACAAUAAAGCCCAUAGUGUUUCCUGUGGAGAUAUUAGAAAUAUAUGAAUUGGACAUGCAGGUGGAAAGCAAGCCGGUAUAUGUUAUAAACACAGCUUGUUACAAUUCUUGAUCAAUCUGCCGUGCUGUAGACAGGCUUACUCGGCAAUAGCCUAGUGUGAAUGCAGCAGAUUAAAGUUCAUUCUUAAAACAAUAAAAUACGAAAAAAUAGCAUGCAAGUCUGCUAAUAUAUUACUUCAUGGUAUUGAUUGUACUUGUGAGCUACAAUAGACAAUUUAACAUGAAAGUUUUAAAGGAGUUGGAAUGAGCAGGGUACCAGCUCAAUUUACGCAUUGUAAAAAGUAUUAAAUGUGCAACCAUUACAUUAAAAGUAGUGUCUGCAUUUUGGAAAUAAAUAUAAUAAUCAAUGAACAAAUGUAACAGUGCUAAGUGUGGCUUGUAUUUGGUCUAUGUCUAUGGCAAUCCUUUUCAUAAACCUAUGCCUCAUUUUAUACUGUUUUAAGUAUGUAUUCUUUGACUGAACCUGUCUUAAAGUCAAAAGAUAUUGGUGUUGAAUGCAAACAGGUUUUUUAGACUGGGGUCAUUCCAUCUCAAGUGGGCCAAAAAGCAGAGAAUUGGUGGCAGUGUAAGUAUAGAUACAGAUAUAGAUAUGUUUUGGUUUAAUGGGGAUGACACAAUGGGGGCUGAUUCACAGAUCUUCGGGAUCUUGUAUUUUGCAAACCAUUAUGCUGACAGACUGUUGUCCCACUUGAGACGGAAAGACUACUUUGGUUUUGGUAACUUCACAACAAUACUGACUAACAGACUGGAAGAAUGGCAAGAAUACUCUUGCACUCGCAUGUGUACCUGUGCUCUGCCUUUAUUAACGUAAGCAUACUUUUGAACUGUCCUGCAAUCAUUGAAGUGUGCAUUGGGUUUCCAGUUGAGGUUGAGCACUCCAGAUGUAAUACUCUUUGAAACUGGAUCUCAAAAAUACGUCUUGUUGAUCAUACAGAUUGCUUAUCUGGUUGCCCUUUUAAAGGCUUAUCCAGAGAAUUAAUAAAAAAGAAACCUACAACUUUUCCAACUAUUCCUUUUAUAACCCUUACAAUGAAUUUGCUGUACAACACAAUACUACACCACCACAGAAUAGACUGGUAAAUUACCAGUGGGAUACCAUUAAAAUACCAGUGUAUGAAGAAACCCGUAAGAGACCAGAGCAUUGCCAUGGCAACACAACGGAACAGAGAUCCUAAUACGGUUGCACACAGGCACUGACUUGGUACUACAUUGGAUUGCCAGACUGUAUUGGUUCAGAACAUUGUGAUACUAGUGGCAUGGGACACUAUGAAAAUAUUACCAGUGUGGUCCAUUUUACCAGUCACUUAUUCUAUUGCAGUUGCCUUUUUGAUAAGUGUUACUCCAUUGGAUUUACCUGGAUGGUUAUCUUUUAAGACUUGCGAGAGACUGGUGAGACUCAAAGGCAACUGUAUGUUUAAUGAUCACAGCAUAAACACAGAAUGUAUUUUACAGUUCAUUCAUGGCUUUUUUCCCCCCAAAACCCCAAUUAACACUAAUGUUGGACCACCUGAUGUUACUUUAGGGUAUGGUUUCACAUAAGUCAACUAGUACUAAUAUUGGACAUCUUACCUAAGGUAACAUUAGAUACAGUAGUUCAACAUUAGUGCUAAUCAGGGCUUGUGAAACCAGCCAUUGGUAAAGUUAUGUUGUCCAAGAUUAUUGUUAAUCAGGGUCUUUGAAACCAACUAUUAAUUAAUUAAUAUUUAGCAAUAUGGGGUCAGGGUUAAGACUUUCAAAUGGCCCCAGUCUAAUGAAUGGUCUUCAAACAUUCCAGUGAUGAAAACAUCCUACAGACUUUUGUUGUCCCAAUCCUACAGCAAGGUUUAACAUCUAUAAUAUGCAGUAGACUUGUUAAUCCAAAUCAGGUGGCUCUGGAACUUGCUUGCUUCUUGAUCUGUGGUUUAAAAUACAGGUUCAUUUCAACCAUCGGGGUCCAGAUUAGUCUCUGUACAAACAUGUAAUGCUGAAGCUCUUAACAACCUAACUGGAAAUAUUACAAUUUAUAUGAAUGAUUAAGAAAAAAAAACAUAAAAGCACCCAAUAUUUUUUGUAUCCA